CCCUUCCUCUACAUGUAUUUUAAAUUACAUUUAGUGACAAUAGUGAGAACGCGCUGAAAUGCCAGUUUAUGCAUAGGCCUAACCGCUACGUGUUUGACAUGACCCAGUCGACAAACUCAGUGUAUUAGCAAACGUGAGAGUGAGAUUAUCAUACCGGACGUGCAGGUCACACAGUAGUUCUUUUUUUCCAUCUUGGAUCAACAAUGGCCUUCAGCAAGGGAUAUCGCAUCUACCACAAGCUGGACCCACCCCCGUACAGUGUCAUUGUGGAAACCAGGAGCCGGGAAGAAUGCCUCAUGUUUGAAUCCGGGGCUGUCGCCGUUCUGUCGGCAGCAGAGAAGGAGGCCAUUAAAAACUCCUAUGCCAAGAUUCUCGAUGCUUAUGGCAUCCUGGGCGUCCUCCGCCUGAACCUGGGGGACUCCAUGCUCCACAGUCUGGUGGUUGUGACAGGAUGCAGCUCUGUGGGGAAGGUGCAGGAUUCAGAGGUUUUCAGGGUCACACAGACAGACUUUAUAUCCCUGAAUAAUGAUCCAGGAGAUGAAGACCGGAUCGCUGAAGUGCGAAAGGUCUUGAACUCGGGACACUUCUACUUCGCCUGGUCUGCCACUGGUUUCAGCAUGGACUUGAGCCUCAAUGCACAUCGCAGGAUCCUAGAGGACACUACGGAUAACCGCUUCUUUUGGAACCAAUCUCUGCACCUGCACCUGAAACACUACGGAGUAAACUGCGACGACUGGCUCUUGAGGCUGAUGUGCGGAGGUGUAGAGGUCAGGACCAUCUAUGCAGGCCACAAACAGGCCAAGGCCUGCAUCUUCUCCCGCCUCAGCUCGGAGCGUGCCGGCACUCGAUUCAACGUCCGAGGAACCAAUGACGACGGACAGGUGGCCAACUUUGUGGAGACUGAACAGGUUAUUUUCCUGGAUGACAAAGUCUCCUCCUUCAUACAGAUCCGUGGCUCCAUUCCUCUUUUCUGGGAACAGCCAGGAAUCCAGGUUGGUUCUCAUCGUGUCAAACUCUCGAGGGGAUUUGAGGCAAAUGCUCCAGCAUUCGAAAGACACUUUACAGCACUGCGGAGGUUGUACGGUAAACAGGUGAUCAUCAACCUGCUCGGGGGUAAGGAAGGGGAACACAUGCUCAGCAAAGCUUUUCAGAGUCACCUGAAGGCAUCUGAGCACACGUCGGCCGUGAAGAUGGUGAACUUUGACUACCAUCAAAAUGUGAAGGGGGGCAAAGCAGACAAACUCCACAGUGUCCUCAAACCCUACCUCACCAAGUUCAUCGAUGAGUGUGGCUUCUUCUACUACACGGGAGAGACCGGCAUUGUGAGGACUCAGGGUGGGACCCUUAGGACCAACUGCCUGGACUGCUUGGAUAGAACCAACAGUGUGCAGGCCUUUUUUGCACUGGAGAUGCUGCCAAAGCAGCUGGAGGAAAUGGGUCUCACAGAGAAGCCCCAGCUGGUGGCCAGGUUCCAGGAGGUCUUCAGGACCAUGUGGUCUGCCAAUGGAGACUCCGUCAGUAAGAUCUACGCGGGGACUGGUGCCCUGGAUGGCAAGGCCAAGGCGGGAAAGCUAAAAGAUGGCGCUCGCUCUGUGACCAGGACCAUCCAGAACAACUUCUUUGACAGUUCCAAGCAGGAGGCGAUAGACAUCCUGAGGCUGGGCUCCACGCUCAACAGUGACUUGGCAGAUAAGGCUCGGGCCUUGCUCACCACUUCCAGUCUCUAUGUCACUGAGCCCAUCUUACAAUCAGCCUCCCCAAGAGUAUUGCUGGGAAUGUGUCAGAACCACCAUAAAUACACAAGGCCCAAGCAGAUCCGAGUGUGCGUCGGCACCUGGAAUGUCAACGGGGGUAAACAAUUUCGCAGCAUUGCCUUCCGCAACCAGACUCUCAACGACUGGCUGUUGGAUGCUCCAAAGAAGGCGGGGCAUCCCGAGUUCCAGGACAGCAAAGCCAACCCCAUUGAUAUCUUUGCCAUCGGGUUUGAGGAAAUGGUUGAACUAAAUGCUGGAAAUAUCGUCAGUGCCAGCACCACGAACCAGAAACUGUGGGCUGCUGAGCUACAGAAAAACAUUUCGCGGGACCACAAGUAUGUGCUGCUUGCUUCAGAACAGCUGGUGGGAGUGUGUCUGUUUGUUUUCAUCCGCCCGCAGCACGCACCCUUCAUCAGGGAUGUUGCGGUUGAUACUGUUAAAACUGGCAUGGGCGGGGCCACAGGCAACAAAGGAGGGGUGGCCAUCCGCCUGCUCUUCCAUACCACCAGCAUCUGCUUCGUCUGCUCCCACUUUGCUGCUGGCCAGUCACAGGUCAAGGAGAGGAAUGACGACUACAGCGAGAUCACACGCAGACUCACCUUCCCCAUGGGCCGUCUGCUGUACUCCCACGACUACGUUUUCUGGUGCGGGGACUUUAACUAUCGAAUCAGCAUGCCCAAUGAGGAGGUGAAAGAGCUGAUCAAACAGCAAAACUGGGAUGCCUUGACAGCUGGGGACCAGUUGUUGGAUCAGAAGAAUGCUGGUUUGGUGUUCCGAGGGUUUAUAGAGGGGAAGUUAGAUUUUGCUCCCACCUAUAAAUAUGACCUCUUCUCAGAAGAUUAUGAUACCAGUGAGAAGUGCCGCACACCAGCCUGGACUGACCGCAUACUCUGGAAGAGGAGGAAGUGGAACUUUAAUCAAACAGCUGAGGAGAUGAAUGUAGUAGGAGCAGCUUCUACAUCUGGGGAGACUGACGACGAUCCAGAUAACCCCUGGAGCGCUGGCACUCUGAAGUACUAUGGCAGGGCUGAGCUUAAGACCUCGGACCACAGGCCCGUUGUUUCCAUAAUAGACGUGGACAUCCUGGAGGUCGACCCCGAGGCGCGCCACCAGGUCUACAAGGAAGUCAUUGCCCAACAGGGGCCUCCGGACGGCACCAUCCUGGUGUCGCUCUGCUCCUCCGGCCCGGACGACUACUUUGACGAUGCUCUCAUAGACGAGCUGCUGGACAAGUUUUCUCAUUUUGGAGAGGUCAUCCUCAUCAGGUUCGUUGAGGAGAAGAUGUGGGUGACUUUCCUGGAAGGUUACUCUGCACUUGCUGCUCUUUCUCUCAGCGCUUCCACCGUCCUUGGCAAGAUGCUCGACAUCCGUCUAAAGAGUCCCGGCUGGAUCAAGAGUCUGGAGGAGGAGAUGAGUGUGGAGAGAAUCUGUGGAAGCAUCCCCACCUCUGCCAGCUCCACCCUCCUCGCUGAGGACACGGACAUGGGCGAUGAUGAUUAUGACAUGGAAGGGGAUGUCGACGACGAGGUGGAGGAGAUUCUUCCCCAGCAUCUUCAGCCUGGAGCCGGCUCUGGCCCCGGAUCCUCCCCUCUCCCCUCCCCCCGCGGUAGUCCCUGUCCCUCCCCCACCCACGGAGAACCCGUGGCCCCCGGCAGGUCUAGCCGUGGAGGGCAACCCUCCCGUCCAUCACAAGGGCCUCCUGUUGACUUCCAGCCUGGUGCUCCCACAUCUAUAGAGCCAAAACGCCCACCCCCGCCUCGUCCCCACGCCCCCCCAGCCAGACCGGCGCCUCCCCAGCGCCCACCGCCACCUUCAGGCGGCAUGAGCCCUAUGCCAGUAAGGAAGGGCUCUGCAGACUGUGGCGAGUUUCCCAGCCCACUGUUUGGUAGGAGAGGCAGUCAAGGACCAAAAAGCCCCGCUCUCGCAGACUGUGGCGAGUUUCCCAGCCCACUGUUUGGUAGGAGAGGCAGUCAAGGACCAAAAAGCCCCGCUCUGCCCCGGCCAGACGCAGCUCGAGGACAGGUGGCAGUGGGAGCUCCUGGACCUGGAGGUGCUCCCAGACCCAAUAUUCCUCCUCGAGCCGGGGUAAUCAGUAUGCCCCCUCAGUCUCGCCCGCAACCUCCCUCUCAUCCCGGAGCACCCAGACCCAUCCCAGAGGUGCAUCCUGGGGCCCCUCGGCCCAUCCCAGACACCCACCCUGGAGCCCCUCGACCUGUGGCCACUGGCCAGGUCAAGCCGACUGACCUGCCUCUGGGUCCCCCUUCCUCGGGCCCUCCUCCUGGACAGCCCCCUGCAGCAAGACCCCAGGCUCCAUCCUCUAUGCAGCCACCCAUGCAGCCCCAACAAGCCACCCCUACAGCUCAGGCUCCAUCACCGAUGCAGCCCCAACCAGCAGCCCCUAUGGGUCAGGCUCCAUCACCCAUGCAGACACCCAUGCAGCCCCAACAAGCCACCCCUACGGGUCAGGCUCCAUCACCCAUGCAGACACCAAUGCAGCCACCCAUGCAGCCCCAACAAGCCACCCCUACGGGUCAGGUUCCAUCGCCCAUGCAGGCGCCCAUGCAGCCCCAACACGCUGCCCCUACUGCUCACUCCCAGCUCCCACCACCGAUGCAGCCCACGCACACAGCUCCACUCCAGCCACAGCAGGCCCCUAAAGCAGGGCCCGUCGCCGCCGCUGCUGCCGCUGCCGGCUCUCCACAAGGUCUGGCCUCUCCUAAGGCCCCCCCUCGUUCCCGCUCCUCUCACACUCUGCCACCUGAUGCUGCCAAGUCCGAGACGGCCCCGGCUAUGCAGACCAACGGACUGAAUGGAAUCCAAAGAGAAGCACAAUGGAAGCCCGACCCCCUCGACACACUUGCUUCUGGUUUCCUCUCCUCCUCCUCGUCCUCGUCCUGGCACACCACCCAGUCUCUGACCCGAGGCUCCUCCCUACGCUCUCCCCCCUCCGCUCCCUCGUCCACGGCCGCGUCCUCCUGCCCUCUCCCUUCCUCCACCUCCUUCCAUCCCUCCGCACUCAAUCCGUCACCGUCCCUCUCCUCCUCACUUUCCACCCCGUCCCCCUUCGCCGCCUCCCUGCUCCCGCCUCCUCCGGCCCCGUCACGCAGCCGCUCGCAGGAGACGCUGCGCGCCUCCCCGGGCCCCUUCCUGACCGACCCGCUUCCCGCCCGGCCCAACAGCACCAACCCCUUCACUGGCCCGCUGUCGCAUCAGCAGCACCGCCCGCUUACGCCGGACUUCAGCGUCCAGCAUCCCGCCCCGACGCCCAACAUCCAGAGGAGCAUGUCUGUUCUCGCUCAACCACUCGUCCCCGCCUCCGCUCCGACAGCGGCCCCCGCCGCGCACGCCUUCCAGCUCCAGAGGACCACGUCUCUGUUUGGCCCGCCACCCGCUGCUCCCUCGGCACCGGCUCCUCUGCUCCCCCCCGCCCCGUCCGCGUUCCCCUCCUUGCCGCUGGCGCCAGCCUCGUACGUUCCGCCCGUCCUCGCGCCCCGUCGCCAGCCGCCUCCUCCGGCAGGGAAACCGAAUCCUCGUUGGGUCACUUUUGAUGACGAUUUGGACUUUCCACCUCCAACCAAAGGGCCGCAGGCCCCCAUCCUGCCCCCCAGCUCCCUGGCGCCCCAACUUCUGCCCUCGAGCGCCGUGUUCGACCUCGAGCCCGACUGGCUGUCCUCUGCCCCUUCGGUGUUCCCCACCCUGCACCCUCCCGUCCCAAGUAGAACUGUGAACAGUACCGCGAAGCCCCCGGGGGAACCCGGCGCCGAAUGCUUCUUCCCCAGGGAUCCCUCUUAAUAUGUAAAGGGCAUAUCCAGAUAUGUAUAGCUCUAUGAUAAAUGUGUAUAUGUGUGUGUAUGUACAAAAGAGACAUUAUAUAGAAGGUAUAGACCAAUACCCUCCCCCCCCAUCCGGAUCCCAGGAAAUGAUUCACAUCUCUAGCAGAAGUGUACGAGCCUAAAAGGCGUGUUCUAACUUGACCACAGAGAUGUUUGCCUGUUUCCCGAUGUUAGCAUUUAUUUUAAUAUGAAUUGUUCCGAUGUUUGUUUUAAAUAAUGUCAGCAAACACGUGCCUGCGGCUGCGGUAUAGUACAUCCAUAGUACAGCUUUACGCACAAAUCAUGUGUUUUAUCGUGUGCAAUAUGAAGUUUUUCUCCGUGGCCGUGCAGCACGCCGGAAUUCGCGGUCCACAUCCAUCCGACCGACUGAUCCGUACAUCGGAGCGGUGUUCUCAGAGUAGCGGGUAAUCAUCCACCUUCUCAGUUUACAUGUAGUUGAAGAUGAAUGUACUUUAUGUUGCACUGGGUUUUUGACGCUGGCCCCUUGCUGACGUUCCAGCGAGCGUGAGCCGGAACAGCUCGGGGUCGGCGUCCGUCAAACUGCCGCAAACACUGAGGUCAUCUCGACACUUUGUUCUCUCUCUCUCUCUCUAUAGUAAGUCAUCACUUUGUCAAUGGGCUGUUACGCUUAGCUGAAUAUAUUUUGUGGCGCUUUAUCCAAACCGAUACAUAGUGAUUAUGUAUAAAUGUGUGUUUUCGACAUGGGAAGCGACUCGGUGAAUCGCACAGCAUAACUGAGGCGCUCGUGGUCGUGUGCUUGCUGAUGGUAGAGUGACAGAAAUGAGAGACCGAACAGAUGGCCGCUCCACAUCCAAAGCAUUGAACCACACUGAUGUAGGAUCAGAGAACGUGGCGUGUGUACGAUGUUGGUGUGAUCGGAGUCAACUCGUGCAUAACAACAGCAGGGCACAUUCUUUUUUUAAUUCUUAAUUUUGUUUAUUGCGAAAAUUAUGUUUAAUGUUUUUAAUUUCUACAAACAUUUACUCUAAAUAAUCUGUUGUUGAUACCGUGGUGACAUGUAUUGUGUUUGAGGUGUCUGUUGUCGUGUUUGACAGUGUUUAGUGUUGGGAUGUGUGUGUGUGUGUGUGUGUGUGUGUGUGUGUGUGUACACAGAGUUAAAGAGUGGAAUAUCAUAGCUUUCCGCGUAGGAAGUGUCCUCUUAUAAGUGCACAGAGUGCAUUUGCUUCCAGGUUCUGAACUAACAGCCACUGUAUUCACUCAAAAAGUGGUUGUAACUGUAUAUCCUCUCUCUAGCGUGAGGGGCCUCAUUGUAUGCAAAAACCCAAACAAUAAUAGACAGUGGACCAUUUCCACAAAGCUCCCACCACCUGAGUGAGAAUUUGCCCAGAGCAACACAAACAAAGCAUUAUUCACCACCUUGACUACACAGACUCAACUAUACUGUUUGCUUUGAUGCAUCACCAGAUAAUCAUUUCCAGUCGACGGUUUGCUGUGUUUUGUGCGGCCCACAUUCCAGACAGUAGCGUGAUUUUGAGUGUUGGGUGUCAAACUCCUCUCAGCGUUGGCAGGGCCAACCGUGCUUUUUAGCCCAUAGCCGUUUCCUCCAGUAAAGCGUGGUUGAUACUCAGCCUCUCUGUUGUGACCAUUAAUGAUUUUAUCUUGCCAGAGGUGAUGUGUCUUGCUUUUUUUUCCUGUACUAUGUUAUUUCCCUCUUUUGCUGCUAUUGAGAUACGUGGGUCAGCGUCAAUGUUAACAAUGAUGACAAGCAAUAGUUUUGCAAAAGGAUCAGUGAGAGUGCAAUCAUCCCAAACAUGACACAUGCCAGCAUCUAAUUAUAUUGUUCCAGUAACUUUCAGAAAUUAUAUAACCGGCUUAAAUGUCUUACAAAAACGGUUUGAUGGCUCGUGGAGGAUAAAACAUCACACCGCCCAAAAAAGUAUGAGCUAACUAAUGCAUCAUUAAACACAAAGGCAAUGUAGGUUUGCUCUUGUGUAAUGUCGGUGUCAUCUCUAAAGCAUUCAUUGUGCUAUUCAAGUGUGUGCAGUAGAUCACGUAUCUGCAAGUAACAGUAGGUUACUAGCCAGCGCUUUGUGUCCUGUCAUGUUCAAGAUGAGAUUUUAUAGGAAACAUAUGGCUCCUUUUGUGAGGUUGGUGUCCCUUUUUAUGGUUAUAAUAAAUAAUGAGUCUGUGUUGUUGAACAUAUACUGUAUGUAUUAAAGAGAAAACAUGACACUGCAAUUCCAAUAAUAAUCCAACGUUCCAUAUUUUAAGUGCGAAGCUGAUUGCACAUUUAUGUAUAAAGCAGUUUAUGUUGUAUGUAUGCUAAAAUAAAUGUAAGUUGACCCUGAA